AUGCCACCCAUUCCCAUCCAUAAAGACGCGCCCAUCACGGCUUCCAAAGCAGACGCCGUCACACCCUCAACUGCUUCUUCGUCAAACCCAGCCCACAACGCGCCCCCAACCCGUACAACACCCGCCUCUGUCCCCGCCACAAUCACUGCAUCGUCCGCAAAUCCUCCUUUACCCCAGCCAGGCGCCCGUCCCGCAGCACCAACAGGUUCAACAUACAGUGGCGUCUACACGCCUGCACAGCCGCAGCCAGGUCCCACGCCGACUGCUACGGUAAUCACAACAACAGAGACAAGAGUGAGUGGCCCUCCGCCACCACAGUUGGCACACCCUCCUCCUACCGAUAGCGCACUUGCAGGCCGCUCGACAACAACGGCGACAGGCACAACGCCCCCAAAGUCCGGUCCAACUUUCCUGAACUACGGACCCGUUGCCUCGCCAUUCCAACAGGCCGUUGCAGGACGAGGUGUGGCAGAUACAACUGCUGGGGAGAGGGCAAGUCUCGAACAUCCACCCGGUUAUGUUCAGGCACCCGACAACGCGCCGUACACGGCGGGCGGAGGCAUUGCCGGCCAGGCUGGGGGAGUUGGGGGACCAGGGGACCACGAGGGUGUCGGUGCCACGGCGUGGGGCAUGUUAAGCAAGGCGGGGGAGGCUUUGAAGAGUGGAGAGGAGGCUGUUUGGAGGGCUGUGAAGGGAAAGUAG